CCCGGAGCAUUUUAGGCACCUAGACCCAAACAGGCGAAACAACCACCCACUUGACAACUGUUCUGGCUCUGCCUAAACAACUUCACCCCAUCAUACUACACAUCGGUGUACCAUCUGGUUCCUCUCCCUUCUUUCUUCACAAACCAUCCAUCAGUCUUGAUCCUAGACGAUCCUGAUGCAGCCGAAAAGACAUUGAUUGUCUGUUUCGUCACUACACCACUCUUCAAGCGUAUCAUCACACCCCCACCUGUUCCCCCAGUGUACGAUCGGUGACACCUCGGUGCCCAUCACUCUCAUGUCCUCCUGGUCCUUCGUCAGCACCAACGAGACCAGUUCUUCACACAGGCCUGAAAUGGCCGAGAAUACCCCCUAGUGGACGGUCUAUGCCUCCCACACUUCUACACUCUCAACAUGGCUGCUUACUUCCUUCCUUCCUACUUCCAAAAGAGGCUACUCCGCUAUGCUCUUUCUCGUCUUGACUUCAUCGACUCAGAUGUACUCGAUCUGGACAAUUUGGGCUUGACCUGGGGUCAGAGAACGGUGGUUGAGUUGAAGAAUGUCGGCAUCAAAGUCCAACGUCUCAAAGACCUCCUCCAACUCCCUCCAUCUAUCGUCCUCAAUCACGCAUCCAUCAAAGUCCUACGACUCACCCUUCCGGCCGAUUUACAUGUCAGUGGAAUUCAAGUACAAGUUAAUGGGGUGGAGAUCGUUGUUGGCAUUCGCCCAGAAGACACAUCAGAUGUCUAUUCUUCAAGAGAUGGUGCUGCUCCCAGCAAAACAGAUCGUGCCAAUCUGCCUCGGAUACCCUCACCUUCACCUACGUCUGCCAGUAGGAGCCGAUCCCGCAAUGACCGACCUCUCGAUGCCUCUGUCGUACUCCCAACAUCCGAAGAUUUGGCCGCUUCCUUUCUGGACUCAGAGUCGCCAGGAGAAAAAGAUGAAUUACAGGCUGCCAUCGAAUCGCAGUCCCAUUAUAUCCAAGACUCUUUCCAUUCAGCUGCUGGAGAGGAAGUCGGACUGGGAAUGCCUGGCGGACUAUCACUCCCUUCAUUCGUGGCCAAUUUCUUCAAAGGCAUUGCCGACAGACUUUCUCUUGAAAUCAGAGAUAUCAACAUUGUGCUAGAGUCUGAGUCCCCUACGUCCGGACCCACCACUGAAUCCGCAAAGUUCAUGCUGAGCAUCUCGACCAUAUCAGUCGAAGCCACCGUCUCGGCAGAAUCGUCAGAUCCUUCUGUACCUUCAACCCGCUCCAUCAAGAUCGAGGAAGUGCAGGCUUUUGUCUUGUCAGAUGCUGAAUCCUUCUCAGAGUCGUCCGGUUUUAGUUCUCCUAAGCUCGCUCGGUCACGACUGCGGCUGUCCCACCCUACAUCGCGGAGUCGAGCAACCGGGCCUGGCCGCUCUGACAGCGAUUUUAGCCAGGCAUCAAAGACUUCUAAACCCUCCUCCCGUUCGACAAGUAGUUCAGGGCUCGGUCUUGGAUUUCAACAAGACUUGCUUAGUGACUCUUCCAUCUUCUCUCGAAGCGCAGAAGGGCCACAUCACUAUCCUGCUGAAGAGUUAUCCUCUCAUAGCCCGAUUGUCGAUAACCAAGCCCAUGCUGAGCAAAUCCUAAGUGCCUCGAAAUCUCGGAGCCUGCCCCAUCAAGAUCCGUCUGAAGAAGACUCUACAUCUGAUGACUUGGCUGAAUCACGGGUCUUUACCCAUGAUGAGGCUGAGAGCAUGUACCUCAGUGCUGUAAGCGGUCCCGAUAUGCCCGGAGGUUGGAAUUGGUCAGAUCGCGAUAGUGAACAUGAGCAUAACGCUCAAAGCUCCCUGACACCUGAGCCACUUCCAGAGCCUGCAGCCCGUCGUCAAUCUCCAGUACCAGAGGCAAGUCCAGACCUAGGAAAUGUUGCCCACGUGCCGGCAGAAACGGUGGAUGAUGAGCAAGUAACCGCCAGUGGUGAGAGCAUCCUUGAUAUGAGCCUAGCCUCCUUUUCCCGCUCUCGCAUUCUUCUUGUCGAUCACGUUUCCCUUCGAUUGCCAGAAAGGAAUCGCCAACCGCAUCAGUUUCCCAGUCCAGGGUCCGGCGCAGCUACCAGUUCACUGGCCCAGUCUCGCCUUCGACAGCAAGACAGACCUUCCAGAGGCCCUGUCAGACAUACCUCUACCUUGUUUGAUUCUCAAUUUGGUGAAAGCAAUUCAUCCCAGCCAAGCCAGAACAUUCCUUCAAAUUCUGACAUGAGCAUCAAGACUGGACAUAUUUCCAUCAAUCUUGAUGUCAGAGUCUGCAAGAUGAUAAUCAAAUCCACACAAAGCCUCCUCGAAGCUCUACCUCCUUCCCCCAAACCAAACGACGGCCCAUCAAAUGCCGCCUCUACGCCCUUACCAGCCGUCACAAUCGACCAAGUCGACUUGAAUUUCUGUGAAUGUGUACCUCGACAAUCACCAUCAAAGCUGCCUUUCUCCCCUCUGGAACCCUCACUCCCUCAGGAGCAAGCCAUGCUCAGACUGACUUUGUUCGCAAUUACCUUUUCACCAACUUCAACCAAGGAACACUCCGCACGCCUGACAAUUUCCAAGAUUGAAAUGAAGCAUGGAUCAAGAGUAGUACUCUCCUUCGUGGAUUCGGUCAACGUGCGCGACUCAAUCGCAACAAGCUCAAUGCUUCGCCCUCACGACGUGGUCAUAAAUGCAACACAAAAUCGAUACGAGGUUCAGAUCAAGCCAGCACAUGUGAUUCUGGACUUACUCGUGAUUGAUGAGGUUCUGAGCCGCAGUGGUGGUCUUGACUCACUCUUGGACCUUGGAAACUCUAUCAUGUCAACCAACACGAUUAAGGGCACAGUACCCGCCGCGUUCCCGGAGCCCCCGAAACAAAGGACAGUCAGAUUCAAUGACUCUCACACAAGACAACGUGCCAAUAGUGAUAGCAACACUGCCCAGCCGAAAGUGGACAUCAGAAUAUCAGGGGCAAUUCUCGACCUCAUUGGGUCCGAGUCCUCACUUCAGAUCAAGUCUUCGGCAAUAAAAACUGCUUACCGUGACAAGAACAUCAAGCUCCGGAUAGACGGAGCUGCGGUUGAGGGUCCCAUCAUGGUCGGCUCUAGAUCAAGAGGCGACGCUUGGAUCAAAAUCAAAGACAUUGAGCUCUAUUACUCGGAUGUUCCUACAGAUGACGAUCUCGACAGACUACUGUCCCUUAUAACGCCUUCUAGCGAUAGGUAUGAUCAAGACGACGACAUCAUCGUUGACAAUCUGAUCAAGCAACGUCGCAAAGGAGGUGUAUUGCGUCUCUUCGUCAAGGAGCUCAAAGUAGGAGCCGCCGGCUUCCAUUGGGUCCCGCAAAUGACAAAGGUUGCUGAUGAGAUUGCAAAACUUUCCUCUGUGACAAAGCUUUUGCCAGAGGAUGAACGCCCUGGGAUCCUGAUCUUUGGUCUUGUCGACAGCCUCGACGUUCGAUUUGAUGUGGACGACAUCUUCGGGCCUCUCAAGCUUAAGGCUGAGCUUUUGGAAGGGGCAAAUGUCGCCACACCGUCCCUGGCCGCCGCUCAAAUCGCGUCCAUAACACUUUCGAGAAACGAUCGAGAUGUACUGAUAGGAGAAGUGACGUCUCAAAGCAACAUUCCCAUGGCGCCUCCUAUGUUCAUGUGCCGCUUCAUUGCGGAUGAAAUGGAGCCUACAGUGCGCAUGAAGCUGUCCAACACUUGUUUUGAAUACAAGGUCCCGACCGCCAUGGCCUUGACUUCACUAUUUGAACGCCUGAAAGACCCGAAACACUCGGCAAAACAGCAUUUGUCUCCACCGCUUAGUCCAGCAUCUUCUCAUAGCACCGAUAUGGCAGCUUUGGCGCGCAAGAUCAAAUUCUCACUCAACUUCCGAGAUUGUGCGAUUGCACUCAAUCCAGAGGGAAGCCCUGCAAAGGGACUCUUCAUUUUGACAGACGCUGUCAUUCGACAUGAGCUACAGAAGCACGGAUCUCUCGAGAACCUAGAAAUAAAAAAGGCAUCAUUUUUGAUCAUCAACGACGGUGGCACGGUAGGCGAAGAUACUGGAAAUGUUGACCACAAGCUUUACUUUGAGGAGAACGAUCAAGUACAGCAGCUUACAAGGGCCGGUUUCGUGCCAGUCGGCUCCAUUUCGUCGGCAUCGGCUAUCAUCAACGUUAAAGAGGACAAGAUCAAUCAUGAAACUCAGCUGGAUAUUGAAUUUCGGAAUAAUCUGUUGUUUCUGGAGACCUGUGCCGACUCGACCCAGACAUUGUUCCAAAUACUAGGAGGGCUCGCUCCGCCUACGCCGCCUUCCAAAAUUGCCAAGUAUCGAACUGAAAUUGUCCCACUUCAGGAUAUGUUGGCGUCAUUCACGGGUGCCGCUUUUGUAUCCGAACCUGGUCCAGAACUUGGCCUUCAUGCGUCACAUAGUGACAGUCACCGGCUUCAAAGUGACGAUCAUGACGGGGACCCGCAAUAUCAAUUUGAAGGAGACAGCGAUGACGGCAUACUCCAUGCCAGCUAUCAUGACGAUGACGAUGCAGACGACGAAAUGACAGCUAGCUAUGUUGAGUCGACUUUGGGGCGGUCUACAUUGUCAGACUCAAUCCAUAUCGGGCCUGUGGAACCCAUGGCAGCAAGCACGAGCGAUUUGAGCCAGAGUGUGAUGAUGCACAGCAUGCUGGACUUUAGAUCUGACCAUUUUGUUCCCCAGUCCUCAGUCGGUGGCACAGCGCAUCGAUGGGACUCUAGCCAGAAUACCUACGGUCUUGCUAGUGAUUCAAUCUUCGACCGAUCCCCCGUCAAGGUUCGAGUCAGAGAUGUUCACGUGAUCUGGAAUCUUUUUGACGGAUAUGACUGGCAGUCGACUCGAAAUGUCAUUUCGCAGGCUGUUCAAGAUAUCGAGACUAGAGCCAUGGCCCGACGGCCUCGGAGUGGCAAUCGAAUGUCCCCUGGGCUGGAGGAGGACGAGGAAUCCGUGAUUGGGGACUUUUUGUUCAAUUCAAUUUACAUUGGGAUUCCUGCCAAUAAAGACCCUCGGGAGCUAGCGAAUGCCAUCAACCAUGACAUUGACGAUAUGGUCAGCGAGACGGGCAGCUACGCUACCAACACUACAGUGACUGCGGCCACUUCACGGCGCCAACCUAAUACCGGCACACGACCAAAGAGGCUCCGACUGAAUCGAAGUAAGCAUCACAAAAUGACCUUUGAACUCGCCGGAGUGUCUGCGGAUUUUGUGGCAUUCCCACCAGCAAGCGGGGAGGUAGAGAGCUCCAUUGAUAUUCGAGUGAAGAAGCUCGAAGUGUUUGACCACAUCCCCACGUCGACGUGGAAGAAAUUCGCGACCUACAUGCAAGAUGCUGGGGAGAGAGAGGUGGACACCAACAUGGUUCAUAUUGAGGUUCUCAAUGUCAAGCCCGUCCCCGACCUGGCGGCAUCGGAGAUUGUGCUCAAGGUUUCGGUGUUGCCACUUCGACUGCACGUGGACCAAGAUGCGCUUGACUUCUUGACUCGGUUUUUUGAGUUCAAGGACGAAAAUGCUGGGUCAUCGGGUGCUGCAUCGAACCCACCGUUUAUUCAACGAGUCGAGGUCAAUCCGAUACAACUGCGGCUCGACUUUAAGCCCAAGAGAGUUGAUUACGGUGGCUUGCGGUCUGGGCGCACGACGGAGUUUAUGAACUUUUUUGUUCUAGACCGAUCGGACAUGGUCCUGCGGCGGGUAAUUCUUUAUGGGGUUUCUGGCUUCGAUCGAAUGGGCAUUAUGCUCAACAACAUUUGGUCGCCAGAUGUCAAGCGAAACCAGUUGCCAGGAGUGCUGGCGGGUCUUGCGCCGAUCCGACCGCUUGUAGACGUUACAAGUGGAGUGCGCGACCUAGUCGCUGUCCCGAUUCGAGAGUACCGAAAGGAUGGCAGGUUGGUGAGAAGCAUUCAGAAAGGAGCGAUCGCCUUUGCCAAAACCACAGCUACAGAGCUGGUCAAUUUAGGGGCCAAGUUGGCUAUCGGCACACAAACAGUCUUGCAGAAUACGGAAGAGUUGUUGGUGACGCGAGAACAGCGACAAGAUGGCGACGAGGAGGAAGAAGGCAAGAAGCAGAUUUCGCUUUAUGCAGACCAACCACUUGGAAUUGUUCAGGGCCUGCGAGGAGCAUACGCCAGCUUGGAGAGGGAUCUGCUAUUGGCGCGAGAUGCGAUCGUGGCAGUGCCAGGUGAAGUCAUGGCCAGCGGAAGCGCAAAGGGAGCGGCAAGGGCAGUGUUGAAACAAAGUCCGACGAUUAUAUUGCGACCGGCUAUUGGGGCGACGAAAGCGGUGGGACAGACGUUGUUGGGUGCAGGCAACACAUUGGACAAGCAGAACCUUCGGCGAAUGGACGAGGUAAGUCACAUUGAGACAAGGGUGGUCUGGAGAAAGGCCAUGAAAGAGGCGUAUUGCGAGGCUGAGGCUAACUUGUGGUACAGAAAUACAAGAGGCACUGAUGUUGCAGCGCAGCGCAUUGAAGUCAUGACAAGACAUUUGGCGGCGUUUGUUCCAUUUUUCGUGUGGCAAUUGUGACCUGUUUGAUUGAGCACAGCAUAAGCAGAUUGUUGGGUUUAUUGGAUGCGCUGCGGGAUGGUACCAGCCCUAAUUGUGAUCGAGAUUCUUCCAAAGAGGUCGGGGCUCGAGCAUGACAGGAUAAAGAUCUCGCAACACGGACAAAGGAACACAACAGAACAUGACGACAAGAAUAAUGACGCAGACGAUGAAAGACUGAUUGAUGGCUUGUGUAUACAAACGGGCGCAGAAGCCUAAUAUGAGACGACGACAUGAUGACAUGGAGUUGGCAGGAUCUAGGAUCUGGGAGCAUCUCAACAGGAGCGAUUGACUGAUUGAUGAGCUUUUCCAGUACAAGGUUAAUGGAGAUUAUAGUAUGACCGGUGAGGGUUUGGAGAAUCUUCCAUACAUAAUUUUCAACAAAUCAAAUUUCUCUGACUCGGGCACUGUUUGCCGUUUGUGAGAUGAGAUGAGGCGACUAUCAGGUCUGGCUGCCUGGGUAUGAGACCUGAGCCACAGGAUUCCUUG